AAUUCAGCCAAAGCCAAAACCGCCCCUUUCCCCAAGCUUUGCAAUUUCCCAACCCCCUUCCUUCUCCAGAAUUCCCCCCAGAAUUUCUCGAUUGAUCCUCGCCGCCCGGCGCCGAUCGGAAUGGAAAACGGAAACGGACAUUCGCAGGAGUUCUGCUGCGCGCGGCGGGACCCGUUGAACUGGGACGCGGCGGCGGAGGCGAUGAAGGGGAGCCACCUCGACGAGGUGAGGAGAAUGGUGGAGGAUUACCGGAGGGGGACGGUGCGCCUGGGAGGGGAGUCGCUGACGAUAGGCCAGGUGGCGGCGAUUGCCGCGCGGGAGGUGAAGGUGGAGUUGUCGGAGGCGGCCAGGGGCGGCGUGAAGGCGAGCAGCGAUUGGGUGAUGGAAGGAAUGGAGAAGGGGACUGAUAGCUAUGGCGUCACCACCGGGUUCGGUGCGACGUCGCAUAGACGGACAAAGCAAGGCGCGGCUCUUCAGAAAGAGCUUAUUAGGUUCUUGAAUGCGGGGGUUUUCGGGUGUGGGGUGGAAUCGUCCCACACGCUGCCCCACUCGGCUACACGGGCAGCCAUGCUGGUGAGGAUCAACACCCUACUUCAGGGCUACUCCGGCAUCAGGUUUGAGAUUUUGGAAGCCAUAACGAAGCUUCUCAACCACGAUGUCACUCCGUGCCUGCCCCUCCGUGGGACCAUCACGGCGUCCGGAGACCUGGUUCCGCUGUCGUACAUUGCUGGGCUGUUAACGGGCCGGCCGAACUCCAAGGCUGUUGGGCCGAAAGGGGAGCUCCUGAACGCCCAACAGGCCUUCAGAGAGGCCCAGAUCGAGUCCGGGUUUUUUGAGCUGCAGCCCAAAGAAGGGCUGGCCUUGGUGAACGGCACCGCCGUUGGCUCCGGCUUGGCGUCGAUGGUUCUGUUCGACGCCAAUGUUUUGGCCGUUCUCUCCGAGGUUUUAUCUGCGCUGUUCGCUGAGGUCAUGCACGGGAAGCCGGAGUUCACGGACCACUUGACACAUAAGCUGAAACACCACCCAGGCCAAAUAGAGGCUGCAGCAAUAAUGGAACAUGUUUUAGAUGGGAGCUCAUAUGUCAAGGAGGCCAAGAGAGCCCAUGAAUUGGAUCCCCUGUUAAAGCCUAAGCAGGACCGUUACGCCCUCAGGACGUCCCCGCAAUGGUUAGGCCCUCAGAUUGAGGUCAUCCGUGCCUCGACGAAGAUGAUAGAGAGAGAGAUCAACUCGGUAAAUGACAACCCGUUGAUCGACGUCUCCAGGAACAAGGCCUUACAUGGAGGGAACUUCCAGGGCACCCCGAUCGGAGUCUCCAUGGAUAAUGUCCGUUUAGCCCUCUCCGCCAUCGGAAAACUGAUGUUCGCGCAGUUCUCGGAGCUCGUAAACGAUUUCUACAACAACGGGCUGCCCUCAAAUCUCUCGGGCAGCCGGAACCCGAGCUUGGAUUACGGGUUCAAAGGGGCGGAAAUAGCAAUGGCGGCAUACUGCUCCGAGCUCCAGUUUCUCGGAAACCCGGUGACGAACCACGUCCAGAGCGCAGAGCAACACAACCAAGACGUGAACUCCCUUGGCUUGAUUUCGUCGCGGAAAACCGCCGAGGCGGUUGAGAUUCUCAAGCUCAUGUCUGCCACAUACAUGGUUGCACUUUGCCAAGCCUUUGACCUAAGACACCUUGAGGAGAACUUGAAAGCCGCCGCGAAAAACGCGGUCACCCUUGUCGCCAAGAAAGUCCUGACGCUCGGCUUCAACGGGGAGCUUCUACACCCUUCUAGAUUCUCCGAGAAGGAGCUUCUCAAAGUGGUCGACCGAGAAUACGUAUUCGGGUACGCGGACGACCCGUGCAGCGCCAACUACCCGUUGAUGCAGAAGCUAAGGCAAGUCCUAGUCAACCACGCCUUGGCCAAUGGGGAGUCCGAGAGGAACCCGAACACGUCCAUUUUCCACAAGAUCGGCGCCUUUGAGGAAGAGCUCAAAGCCGUUCUUCCAAAAGAGAUGGAGAACGCGAGGGGCGACUUGGAGAGCGGGCGGCCCGCAAUCCCGAACCGUAUCCGGGAAUGCAGGUCUUACCCGCUCUACAAGUUCGUCAGGGAGGAACUGGGGACGGGUUUUUUGACGGGCGAGAAAACGAGGUCUCCGGGUGAGGAAUGUGACAAGGUGUUGAGAGCCAUGUGUGAAGGGAAACUCAUAGACCCAUUGCUGGACUGUUUGAAAGAAUGGAAUGGUGCUCCUCUGCCUCUCUGUUAGAAUCUUGUUCAACUACUUGCUUCAAGGGGCUGGAGCCGGGGGUCUCUUGGAAACAGCCUCCCUACUUCCGAGUAGGGGCAAGGUCUGCGUACACACACCCUCCCCAGACCCUACUGUUGUGGGAU